AAAAUCCCGAAGAAGUCAAAUAAGAUGUGGGGCAACGGCCGCAACAACCGAGGAAACGAAGUAGGUAAGAGCUACUUCGGUCAUGAUGAUCGAGUAGGAAGACAUGGGAAAGAUGGAAGACACCAGGGUCAUAUGAAGCACCGUGUGUCAUUUAAGACCUAUACGCCUGACAACUUGGCUCGUAAUUUGACAUUUGUUAAUUUGGAUGACGACAUUCCGAUGACUUCGAAUAACAAUUCGAGACAUGUGAUAAUGAAUUCGAAUAAUCGAGAACGAGGGGAACAUUGGCGAACUGUUCCUCGUGGGAGGAACAGUCGUAUGCCAAAUAGAAAUUUUAAGAGAGGUCAGUCAGGUUCUAGACGACUUCCUCCUUUGAGAGAAUUCAAUUGGUAUAGAGUUAGUAUACCAUAUGGUCAGAAGUACGAAAGGGAUUUUAUUAUAAAUACCCUUUUGAAUUACAUUGCGCCCGAUGUAUUUGUACCCAUAGUGUACAAAACAUCUGCAACUGAUGCCAGUUUCUACAUAGACGAUUAUAAGACGGCAGUUGCAUUGCAAAACUGUGAUUAUAAGAUCAAAAUGAGUGAUGGAUUUAAAUUGCAAGUGAAAGUGAAACCAGGAUUUCCAGUUUAUGACAUUGAUGAUAAAUUGAAGGAAAGGUUAAAACAAGCAAUGGUUAAGAGAUAUGUACAAGAUACCAAUGCUUUGAAUUUGUCCAAGUUCUAUCUUGAUUCUGAUCUUCGCUCUGAUUACUUUUGUGCAUUGUUCCAUCCGGUUAUGAUGAUGACUGUGUUGGACGUUGUAGCGGAACACAUACCGAAUUUAGAAGCUUUGAGCUUAGAAGGAAAUAAGUUGCAGAAUAUUGAGAGACUUAGUAUACUGACUAAGAAAUUCUCAAAAUUGAAAAUUUUAUAUAUUGGUGAUAAUAAGAUCAGAGACAUCCAUCAAUUAGAUGCUAUUAAGGAUUUAAAACUGGAGGAAUUGAAGUUAACUGGAAAUCCUGUCUGUAAUAAGUAUAAAUCUCGACAAAAUGACUAUGUUAGUGAUGUUCGAAGACGAUUCUCAAGAUUACUGCGUCUGGAUGGCACGGAACUACCACGACCGAUUGUUUUCGAUAUGAUGGUUGAACCUGCUAUAAUUCCUUCGUCGCAAAGGAUGUUUGUCCAAGAUGCAAAAGCUAAAGAAAUUGCAAGUCAAUUUUUGCAACAAUAUUUUACGAUAUUCGAUAGUGAGAAUCGUCAACCUUUACUGGAUGCCUAUAAUGAACAUGCAUCCUUUAGCAUGACAAUAAACACUUUCAAUAAUAACAAGUUAAAUGGACAUUAUUUAGAAAAUCGAAAUUUACUUAGAGUAAAUGAUACGAUUCGAAGAGAGAAAUUUUUGAAACAGGGUAGAUUACCUGUAGUUUCUCUUAUAUCAGAAAUGCCGCGUACAAGGCAUUUACUGAAUACUUUUACUAUGGACAUCUCUCUUGUUACACAAACAAUGAUGUUCAUUACAAUAACGGGCUACUUCCAACAACUCAAUAUCAAGGAAGAGCCCAUCCGCUAUUUCAACCGCACCUUCAUAAUUGUUCCGGAAGGUGAAAGAUAUUGCAUCCGAAAUGAGCAGUUGCAUAUUAGUCAACCAUCUCAGGUGCAGUUAAAGGAAUUGCACCAGCAACUGAAUCAGUUAAAUGCUCAGCAAACUCAAUCAGAAAUGGAGACGCUGAGUUCCACAGAAGUGGUGAAGCCUAUCGCUACGGAACUUUAUGACGAGCUGAAGAAGCAAAUGGCAUUUACUAUACGUUAA